GGCAACACUAGGCACGAGUAGAGGCGCCUUGCUAGCGUUACUUGGUUAUUGUACCCUCGCAAGGAAGCAGGUCGUCAGCAUUUUAAAACUCAAUAAAAAAAAUGAACGGGUUAGACGAGGAAACAAUGGCGCCGCAGUCCUUCCUCUACGGGUGCGUGCUGGAAGCUGGAAAGGAAGUGUUGUUCAAUCCCGAGGACGAUGAGUUUGAGCAUCAGUUGGAUCUGAGGAUGGCCUGUGUGGACCCCAGUACGAAAGAUGAACUUCACAUGGUGGAGGUGGAAGGACAAGACACAGAGGGUCAGAUAAUCAAAGCAGUACUGGUCUCGCUUAAGCCCUCCAACCUGCCAAGUGUGUGCCUCGGUGGUUUCACAAUCACACCCCCGGCAACUUUCCGCCUGAAAGCAGGUGCUGGUCCAAUCCAUAUCAGUGGACAACACCUAGUCAUGAUGGAGGCCGAUCAGUCCUUUGAAGAAGACGAUGAUGAUGAUGAUGAAGAGGAGGAGGAAUGUGUCGGAACAUCAAAGAAAAGACCUGCUUCCUCCCCGGCUCUCAAGUCUCAGAAGAAAAUGAAGAUGGAGGAAGCUGAUGACGAGGAUGAGGAUGAUGAUGAUGAUGACGAUGAUGAUGAGAGUGAGGAAGAAGAGUCACCUGUUAAGCCCAAGCAAACACCUUCCAAAAAAGUUUCCCAAGCUCAGAAUGGCAAGAGCUCUGCCCCCACCACUCCAGCCAAGAAGCAGGACAAGAGCCCUAAAGGUAAAGCUGCCAGGUCGCCUAAGGCCCCUUCAACUCCCAAAGUGAUUCUAACACUGCCAGAGGUUAAAGCCAAGAUAAUGGAGGCAGUGAAGAAGGGUGUAUCAUUACCUAAAAACCAGCCCAAGUUUGAGAACUUCAUGAAGCAUAGUGAAAACAUCGCUGACACCAAGAUAAUUGCGGAGCUGUGGAAGUGGAGACAGACCAUGAAAGAUGCUAAAUAACUAUCUUGGUAGUUUUAUUGUCUCUUUUUAUGCCUUGUUUAUACCCAUAGCACCUCAAACCCUCUGAAACCAAACUUGGUGCCUCACACUUGUCAAUAAUUCUACGUCUGGCCCAGAGACUAGAGAGUGACGUGGCAUUGUCUUUCCUUCUCAUCAACCCGCUCAAUGGGAAAUACAUAAUUUGGGGUAUUUGACUAAACUGAGAACCUGCUUACAAAUUUGCAACAUCUUUUGUAAAUAAAGUUCUCGCUAGAUCGUUGGACACCCGAGUAUGGAGGAUAUGUUGAUGUGCUUUUUGAUAUAUACAUAAGCUGCAACGGUUAAUUCUGCCUCUUGCGGGCACUACACAAAUCCAUCCAAUCAGUUAAAAACUAGUAACUAAGCAGCUCAAGAAACUUUCCACAACAGUUGGACAUGGUGAUGGUUUAAAGCAGAAUUUAUGGCCAACAUCAGCAAUGACUAUAGUGAUGUGUUCCUUUUUCUAGUGUUGUCCACCAUGAACAUGGAAAAUUGCACUUUUUGAAAUGUUUUGAAUGUUAAUGCGAUCGAGAGAUUCCUGAGGUCAUGAUCUACAAAUGUUCCAUGUAACCUAACAAAUACAUGUAAUUAACCGUCCGGAAGUAAUCAAACAUUUGGUAGUGAGCAAACUGCAUUAACCUUUUGGGGAGACGGUGUCACACUAUUUGCCAAUAGGCCAACGGUUUGGUACUUCAGCUAUGAAUUACUGACUCCAUGAAGGAAUUCAGAGUUUUACUUUUAUUUAGCUGCUUAUAACAUCUGCAAAUUCUUGUUUAUAAGAAAGUACCACCUGUUUGAGCUCAACUUCCAUGUGACUAGAAAUUAAAUGUUGGCGGAUGAAGCCUGUUGGAGUAAAACAUCAUUCCAUGUUCUCAAGAGUUAGUUUGUUAUAGUUAAAAUAUGCCCUGGGUUUGAAUGGACUAUACAAAGAUUGAUUCACUAGGUAACACACUGAGUUGUUCUAUUUCUCUAUGUGAAUCACGGUACUACCUAUUAUGAAGUAAAUGCAGGUAUUUGACAUUAAAAUUUCAAGCGCAGGAAA